AUGGGUAUCGACAUCAAGGCACAUCACGUCAAGAAAUCGAACCGAACGAGCCCAAAAAGCGAGGAUCCUUACCUCCUUUUGCUUGUUAAGCUCUACCGUUUCCUGGCCCGUCGCACGGAUUCGAGCUUCAACCAGGUCAUCCUUCACCGCUUGUUCCUUUCCAAGAUCAACCGCCCUCCUAUUUCCCUGUCAAGAAUCACAAAGGAGACAUUGGCUACACCAGACCUCGCAUCAAAAAUCAUCGUACAAGUUGGCACCGUCACCGAUGAUGUCCGCCUGACCGAAGUUCCUAAACUCACUAUCGCUGCUCUGCGAUUCACGCGUGGUGCCAAGGAGCGCAUCCUCAAUGCUGGCGGUGAGGUGUUGACCUUGGACCAGCUCGCCCUUAGGGCACCUACUGGUUCCAACACUGUCUUGUUGAGGGGCAAGAGGAACACUCGUGAGGCCGUCAAGCACUUUGGCAUGGGUCCUCACAAGCAUAAGAAACCUUACACCGCCUCCAAGGGCCGCAAAUUCGAGCGUGCUCGUGGUCGCCGAAAGUCUCGUGGCUUCAAGGUAUAA